AUGCCUGGUGUUAACAACGGUGCCCUGGCUUCAGCCGGCAUUAUUGCUGUGUCUGUUGCCGUUGCAGCUGCUAUUGCCAUCUACGAGUCACCAGAACUUCAGCGAUAUGCCAACGAUGUCCGGAGACGCAUCGCCAUGGCCUUACACUCUUUGGGCGAGGGUUUCGAGCCCAACGACCGCCCGCCCAUGUUCAACAGACCCGAGGACGCCCAGGGUUUCCUAGAGUCCCGUGGAGGGGCUGAAGCUGGAGUCGACGCCGAUGACGAGACACGCCGCCGCCAGCGCGAGGAGAUUUUGUAUUGGAAUGCCGUGGCCUUGGCCAAGAAGGAGAAGGAGAGAAUCGAAGCCGAAGAAUCCGGAUCGCGGGAGCUGCCGCCACCAGGCCCAGCGCGGGGCAGAUCUUUCGAUGACUUUUUGCACGAGGACAAGAGUGGCGAGAAGGGAUCCUUCGUUUACAACACGGGCGCAACCACCUACAACGACGAGGGGCUUAUUCGACGCCGUCCCGAGGGUGUCCGCGGCCUCAACGCUUCGCUUUACGCCAACCCUUUCGCCGACGAACACCAGAUCGAUCAGGAAGAUUUGCCAGUCAUGGAAGAGCCCAGCUCCCUGUCCCCCGCCCACGACGAGGCCGUGUCAGACAUUUACAGCGCCACCACCCGCGACGCCGACGAACGCCCCCGAGACAUUGCCGCCACCAUUGCCCAAAUGCCCCCUCUGGUCGACGUCUCUGAAACUUCAUCCCAAUCUGAAAAGUCCACGACUCUCGACCGCGAGCUCGGUGCCGACGAGUACAUGACUGCUGGCCAAGAGAACCGCGAAGAAGCCUAUGCCUCCAUCCAAGCCUGGGCACAAGGGUCCAGCCCCUCCAACUUUUACUCACCGCUUCCCAUGUCGCCUCCCGUACCCAUGUCCGAACCCGAGCUUGUUAGCGAAGGCGAACUCACCCCCACCGACUCGGCCUCCCUCGCUGGCUCCGGCGAGGACGUCGCCAACGAUGCCGCUUCGUCUAGAGCUGGUGACAACAGCCGCUACUACGAUGUGCUGAGUGAGAGCGAGGGUAUGAUGACUCCCGCUAGCUGGUCCGAGGUUGGAAGCGUUGUCAGCGAGAGCGAGACUCGCAGCGAAACUGCGCAGGCCCGUGUCCACGCAUGA